AUGGAGAUCGAGGCGAAACAACGGAACCAAAGGAAUCGGAGACGAGAACGAGCACAGCGUAUGUUGGCGCAAAGGGAGAGCCUGGCAAGCGCGAAGCAGCAACAGCAACAACAGCAACAACAAACGAGACAACGGCCGAACGACGAGGAGGACAGUCACAGCGGCGAGGACGAGGACCCCGCCGCCGGUCUUGGCCUCGGACUUGCCAGGACCGGUCAUCCUCGUGACAGCCAUUCGCGACCGCCCAGGCCACCGCGACCCCCGAGGCCUCGUAAGAAGUCUUCCCUCGCGGCUGCCAACCAGAAGGAGCCUCCCUUCGAAGAGGACAUUAUCGACGGUUUUGCCAUACUCGCCUUCCGCACCUACGAAGAACUCGAGAUUACCAACAGCUCUCUUAGUGUCGUUAGCCGUAGCGAGAGUGAGGUCAGCAACGCCACGCCACUCAAUAAAUCAGCUCGGCUGCCGGUGCCAACGGAGAUGCCUGAAUUCUGCCACGUGAUCCGUCAACAGAAAGUUCAACCGAGUGCAAUAAAGCUAGCUGGCAAAAAUAAUGUAAAGAAGUUGCAUACGUUACUGUCAAUAGUGGAAGAAAAACCAAAGGUGGACAUAGGACAAAAUAAUAGACACAACGAGCAUCACAUCAAAAAUCAUUUCAAGCAUAAUCAUUAUACACACAAUUCCAUACUGACACCUUCUACAAUUAACCAGGGCCUAGAUGCAGGUACAAGUGACGAUAGUGGUAGAGCAUCAGAACAAUUGCAUGGCCCUGGUAUACCUAGGGAUUGCCAGGACGCAGACAGUUCCAGGGACCACCUCAGCGAUACGAAUUGCCAUCAUCUUCACCGCACGUUUUGCCUCCAGCAAACGGAGCAGGAGGUUCACCUCCAGACACGGGUGGACAAAUUUCCAAUCCAGCAACGGAUGCUCCGGCACCUAUACCACCUCCUGUGCCUGCAUCAGCACCAGUUCCAACAGCGCCAAGUCCUCCCAGUCCUACCCUACCACCUCACAUAUCUCAACCACCUAUGACUAGUCCAUUGGCAGCAAACCCACGUGCAAUAGCUCCGCAGCAGCGGCCAGCUUCCCCUGCUUUGCCACCUCCUUCCUUAUCCCAACAGCCUCAUACUACAAUACCAGCAUUACAUCCACCUAAUGUACCCCUUGUUUCAUCGAGUCAUACAACUAGUCCUGCAGUAGCCAGUUUAGGUGUUACACCAGCGGCACCGUCAAACGGAGCUACAACUACUAGCUAUCCGCCAUCGAUACCCAUGGCUGCUUAUCCUCAAACCCAACCGUCUUAUCCACCUCUUUAUACACCAUAUACUGCUCUAAAUCACAGCCCAUACCUUCCGCCUGCAGUUCCAUCUCCCUCUCAUUCUGCUUCAUCGAGGGCAGAAGUGAGAGGAAGUAGAGCUUCUCCGUGUACUAACAUAAGUAAACAACAGCCUGUAGGAAAUAAUACCACAAAUCAUAAUACUCCUUUGAGCGCUGCCACCACAACAUGUGUGUCCACAAUAACUAAUACAGUUACUACAGCAAAUACCAUUGCUCACAGAGACAUGGUAGCCUGUAGUUUGACUGGAAGAAAUAAUUCUCCUCGUGGACAUAGUCCAAAUCGAGAAAGAGAUAGUUAUAGUAACGUCAGUAGCCUAAGUCGAGGUAGCAUAACGCCUGUAAGUGUGCCAAACACAUCUUCUCCAGCCAAUUCUAGUCUACCUGCUUACACCAAACCACAAGGAUGGAUUGGUAGCAGCACAACAUCACAAUUAUCUCCGGCAACAGCAACAUCAGUUCCAAGGCCGACUCCUCCACCAGUACCACUUGGCAUGCAUACGUUUCCUCCGCCAAUGUUUGCGGCACCCUUGCCACCUCCCGUAUCCAGUUCCAGUCCACAUACGUCACUGCCUUCACUACCACCGCCAACGACCAAUCCUAAUCCAUUCUCCGCCGAGUCACUUUUUCAAACAAGUCAGGCAGACCUGUUAAGGCGAGAGCUUGACAAUAGAUUCUUGGCAUCCCAAGAUAGAAACGUUGGAGUUGGAGUUGGCAAUUUGGGUCCGCCCCCAUAUCUUAGGACGGAGAUGCACCAUCAUCAGCAUCAGCAUACUCACGUACAUCAACACACUACACCUCUCCUUCCACCGACGGCCGCGACAACGUUGUUUCCGCCUCCUAUAUUCAAGGAUAUUCCGAAAUUAGGAGGCGUUGAAUCUCCAUUUUUUCGUGGAAAUCUGAACCUUUCUAGUUAUUCUGGUUUUAAUACUGGUCUCUUGCAUCCUGGAAUUGGUCCACCUUCAACUCCUUUUGUACCUCCAAAUCAUUUGACAUCAUUUGCACCAAAGAAAAGUGGUAAAUGGAAUGCAAUGCAUGUUCGGAUUGCUUGGGAAAUUUAUCACCAUCAACAGAAGCAACAAGCAGAGGCAAAGGCUGGAAGUGUCGUUAAUACUAAAACAGAACUCUUAAGACCACCAAGUCAUCUUUAUCCAGGAGGACCAGGAAGUGGUCUCGGAAUAGGAGGAGCACCUCCAAUGGCACCACCAUUUCCUACUAAUAUACCACCGGCACACCCAGCCCCACCUCCACCUCAUCCUGUUGGUUUUCUAUCAACGCCAGCAUCGCAUUUAGGAACAGGAAUGUCACCAUUUGGAAGGUAUCCGUCAACAUUUGGCGCACCGAAUCCAAAUUUCCCUGGUCUUUCUAGCUUUCCUCCUUCGAGGGAAAUGCCACCAUUGGGUGGCCUAGGCUCUGUACAUGAUCCAUGGAGAGGAUUGCAACGAACUUCUACUGGAUUCCCACCAACCACGGCGGUAUCGUGGAAUUUAAAACCGGAACCACCUGCAAUUGACAGACGAGCCGAACUGGAAGAACGAGAAGCGCGAGAGCGGGAGCGCGAACGUGAACGUGAGCGAGAGCGUGAGCGAGAACGCGAACGGGAACGCGAACGUAUAAGACGCGAAAAAGAAAGGGAACGAGAAGAGCAGCGCGAGAGGGAGAGACGGGAGCGUGAGAAGGAAGAGAAAAGAAAACAACAGGAGGCCGCCGAACGAGAACGAGAAAGGAGAGACAAGGAACGUCGAGAGAUGGAAAGACGCGAGAUGGAACGUGAAAGAUUGCUUCAUCAAAAUCGGCAGCACGUAGUUGUAGGUCGAGAACGGUCACCUUUAAGAAACGGAUCGGCGCCUAUAGAAACUGGAGAAGUUCGCGUUAAAGAAGAACCACGAAGUAAAGACGAUGAAGUUGUGAUGCUGCCAAGGCCACCAGGCCCUGGACCAGGAACAGCAUCUGCAACAGGACCAGGACCAAGUCCACUGCCUGAUACGAGGUAUCAUCAUCCUCAUCCUCAUUCAUACCUUGCAAGGCAUCCGCAUAGUAUGCCUGCACCGCAUUCCAUGCCACGAAGUAUGCUCCCUGGUUUGAGCGCGCAUCCAAUUCAACAUUUUCCACCUCCUUCCGCGCCUACUGGCCAACCGGGGGGUCCUUGGCCUGGGGAUCCCUUUCGGGAUUACCGUUACGAUCCUUUACAACAAUUACGCUAUAAUCCAUUGAUGGCUGCUGCUGCAUUUCGAGCAGAAGAAGAAGAAAGAGCUAAACUUUACGCCGGGUAUCCACCGCCGCCUGUAAAUUCUUUACGAAGCAAGGAUCCAAGUCCUGGUCCAUUGAGUAAUUUGCAUAUGCAUCAUAGAGCAGGACCUGGACCCGGGGUGCCAACACGACAACUAGAACCCGCUUUGAUGCACGCGGAUAUACAUAAGAAGGAGGACACCUCCCAAUCUCGAUGA